GUUUCCUUGACGAGUCGCUCCACUACACUUCCCAAGAUCCUUCACCUCGGAAGCGGUUCACUGAGACAGGAAGUGGCAUUGUUUUGGAUGAUAUGCGGCGCAUUACUCGGCACGCGUGUGAGGAUGGCCCAGUACCAGAGGAGCAGGAGACGGAGGGCCAGAGGCAGCUGCACAGCCUGCUGCUCCAGCAGCUCGACACCGAGGCGGACAUCAACCGGUGCGUCGCUAAGAGGAAGUGCUUCGCGCCCGCGGCUCUGUACAAGCCGUUUGGGGACCAGGCAGCGGGGGUGAAGAGUCUGGCCCAGUUUCAGGCUCUGCAGGAGGGGGAGCAGGAGCUGGCCAGCCUGAGGGAGCUGGGCCUCACCGAACCGGAGAUGGAGCUGUGGAGGAGUAGGGACCUGCCGGAGGCGGAGGGGCAGAGCAGCGGUGUCCGCGCAGCUCCUGGGGCCAGACGGCAGCGCCUGCAGGCCAUCCGGGAGAAGGUGGAGGCGCGGGAGAAGCUCCUGUCCCUGCCCCAGCGCCUGUCCGCCAGCCGGCCUCUGUCCCGCAGAGAGAUGGAGAUCGAGCGGGCGCUCUUCCACGGCAGCGAGCGCCUCAGCUUCCUGUCCGCCCUCUACCACCAGGAGGAUGCCUCUCAGGCGGCUCAAGGUGACUCGUCUUCCUCUGACGGCAUGGACCUGCUGUACCGGGAGGUCCUGAGAGAUGAAGAGCGAGUGACAGCCCCGCUCUUGGCGAAAUCUGCGGGGAGAAGUCCGUCUGUGUCCCGGUCUGAAGCAGAAAGCUCCUGUGACCAAAAACAGAGCCCAGAAGGACUCCCUGACCCCAGGGGCACAGACACACAGACCCAGAGCAGCACCGGGCCUGACCCGGGGGGCUGUCAGGGUAAACACCUUUCAGAGGAGACUCAGAAACCGGCAGGCCACACACCGCAGCGAGCGAAGAGCGAUGGAGCUCCAGCAGCCAGGCACAGCAAGAUCAACGUGAGCCAGCCAAUCGGCAGCCUGGGCAGUAGGAAGAUCAGCGUGAGCCAGCCAAUCGGGAGCCUGGGCAGUGUGGCCCGGCCGGGACCUGGGGGUCCACUGACGGUCCGCGGGACGGUGGACCAGAUCCCUGAGGAGGAGAUUCGGGAGAAUAAAGAGACGGAGGAGGGAAUUCGGAGCAUCCCUCGAUUUCAGAACUACCAGCGAGGCGAGCCGUCCCAGGUUCUGUGUGUUAGGAACCUCAGUCCGCGGGCCUCUCUGGCCCAGCUGGUCUCCCUCUUCUCACGGUUCCAGCCCCCCGACGGCCCCCCCCUGCUGUACCGACUGCUGACAGGAAGACUGAAGGGACAGGCCUUCAUUACGUUCUCCGACACAGAACAGGCAGAAGCUGCCCUGGACCUGCUGAAUGGAUACCGGCUUCUGGACAAACCCCUCGUCAUCGAGUUUGGGAGAGAAAGGAGGGGUGAAGAGAAAGAAAGAGGGAAGGAUGAAGAGAAAGAAAGAGGGAGGGAUGAAGAAAAAGACAGAGGGAGAUGAAAACAGAG